UAUUUUUUGAUCAAUUUAUAUAAAUUAUGAAAAGUUAACCGAUUCAUCAAUGCAAUUACUUCGAUAAUUAAUCGAAACGCUGGCAGUGCCAUCUAGCAUAAAACAAAAAACAUUUAAAUGUCAAUGUCAAACCAUUUGCUUUUGUUCCUUAUUUAUUGGGCACUAUUGGUUAUAUACUAGUUUUGCAUUCUAUUAAUUCAUAUUUAAAAAAAAGAAUCUAUUUCAAACAAUAAGAAAUUCAAUUUCGUGCGCUCAUAUUAGUUCAAAUAAGACUAAUCAGAAAUAAUUUAUUAUUAUAUAGUUUGAGAUGUCAAGUGAUGAAAAUAGCGACGACUUAAGUGCGUGCACUGAUAGCGAAAAACGUUCCAAACGUCUGUCCGGAUCACACAAAAAAUCGAAAAAACAUAAAAAGCAGAAGAAAUCUAACAAAACUGAAAAAUUUCAUAAGAGUCACAAGAAAUAUAAAAAAAGACGUAGACAAAGUGAAUCUUCAGAUAUGGCAUCUGAAGUUUCCACUACUAAGCGUACACCAGCCACUUUAAAUGAAAAAUUUGCGGAAAUAAUGCAAAAAGCCAGCAAGGAUACGACAAGUUUUCUACGUGUUGAACAACACGCCAAUGGUAAUAAAUUUAGUAUAACAAGACCUAAUAUGCAAACAGAUCCCAGUAGUUUAGUUGAAGAAAUUACUAGAACCAUACAAACCAAAGUCUUGCCUGUAAUGGAAGUUGGAAGUUCGGGUAGUGAUAGCGAAGUUCCAAAUGAUGAUGUUAGUCCCGAAGUGGCAAUAAUUGAAGACGAUCUUAACUUAGAAGACCUGAUGAAACAGAAAGCCUUACUACAAGCGCGCUUAGGUGCUUACAUGUCAGAAUCCGAGGGUGAGGAUAAACAUACAAAUUUAAUUGAGAAACAGCAAGACAGUGCACAGCAAAAUUUUGACAUAACUGUGGCAGUAGGAGCCAAGGAAAAGACUUCCAGCCCUUCAACUUCACAUAUUAGUAAAAAUAAUAAUAAAAUUUCUAAAUCAAAUUCUACUGAACCAGUUGUAAUAUUAUUGGAUGAUUCUAGUGGUCAUAAUACACCGGAAAGGCAACGCAAACCUCGUGUUAGCAGUAAUGAUACAAAGAAAGACCAACGUAUAAGUUCACCAAAACGGUCAUCAGCUCGCAAAGAGUAUGAAAAUGAAUACCAUAAACAGCGAAGACGUACACGAAGCCGAACACCACGGCGGGAAUUAGAUACAUAUAAAAAUCAACGAGAAAGUAGUCGAAGUCUUCAGCGUCGUGAACUUAUUGAUCAAAAUAGACAUAAAGAAGAUUUACGUCAGGAAAUUAAUCGUGAUAAGGAACGUGAAAGAAACAGCAGGGAGCGUGAACGCAAAGCAAGAGAAAAUAGGUCACGUUAUGAUGAUAGUUCUGUCAGAGGACGUGAUCGGGAACGUGAUAGAGAUAGGGGUAGAGACAGAGAAAGAGGUCGUGAUAGAGAUCGUUGGAAUCGUGAACGUUCACAUAGUCGUAGUAAAGAAGAAUCAGAUCGUCGACGCAAUGAACGUGAUCGCUUACAACGAGAGAGAGAAGAAAGGCGUAGUGAUCGUGAUCGUCCUCGUGUUCGUCCAGAUAAAUAUCGUGAUUCUCUUAGUGAAGGUCAAAACCAAAAAAUGAAUGAAUCGAGUAGCGACGGCGAACUGAAUUUAGAUAUAGAUAUAAAUGACGAAGAUGACGAUGAAGAAAAAAUUAUUGAGAUGCGGCGUAAACAACGAGAGGAGCUUUUAAAAAAAUUAAAAUCUAAUAGCGAUACUGAAGACGUAACAAAAGCUGAACCAAAUGAAAAGAAGGAUGUUAAGCCGCUCCCUAUAGUAACGAAAAGCGAAAAUAAAUCUACAAAUCUAGAGAACACAACAGAUAAGAUAAUAGAGUCUACUGAAGGUAACAAUGAGUCCGCAACAGGUGAGGGAAAAAAGCAACAAACUAAAAAUAGUGGUAAAGAAAAACGACCAGAGUGGGAUAUGUUUGCAGACCAAGAUGUAGAUUCAAAGUUCGAUUCACCAAAUACAAUUGUUCAUAACAAAAACCAAAUUGAAAACCCGGCACUUACUGAUAAUUGGGACGAUGCAGAAGGAUACUAUCGCGUGCGUAUUGGCGAAACAUUAGAUAAUCGUUACACAGUUUCUGGCUACACAGGUCAAGGUGUAUUUAGUAAUGUUGUAAGAGCACGUGACCAGGCACGUGGAAAUGCUAAUGUUGCUGUUAAAAUCAUACGCAAUAAUGAAAUAAUGCAUAAAACGGGUUUACGAGAAUUGGAGAUACUAAAAAAACUAAACGAUGCAGAUCCAGAAGAUCGCUUCCACUGCUUACGCUUGUACAGGCAUUUUUUUCAUAAGCAGCAUCUCUGUAUGGUUUUUGAACCACUUGCUAUGAAUCUACGGGAGGUCUUGAAAAAAUAUGGUAAAAAUGUGGGACUGCAUAUAAAGGCAGUUCGUAGUUAUACUCAGCAAUUGUUCCUUGCACUUAAACUACUUAAAAAAACUGGAAUACUACAUGCCGAUAUUAAACCGGAUAAUAUAUUAGUGAACGAAAACAAUUUAAUUCUGAAACUUUGUGAUUUUGGAUCGGCAUCAACUAUAAAUGAUAAUGAUAUCACACCCUAUCUGGUUUCGCGUUUCUAUCGUGCGCCCGAAAUAAUAUUGGGCAUACCGUAUGACUACGGCAUAGAUAUGUGGUCAGCUGGUUGUACUAUAUAUGAGCUAUAUACUGGUAAAAUAUUGUUUAGUGGCAAGAGCAAUAAUCAAAUGCUAAAAUACUUUAUGGAUCUUAAAGGUAAGAUGCCAAAUCGACUAAUACGUAAAGGGCAGUUUAAGGACUUACAUUUUGACCAAAGCUGUAGUUUUCUGUAUCAUGAAAUUGAUAAGUUAACUGAAAGGGAAAAAAUUGUUGUUAUGCCAGUGGUUAAGGCUAGUCGGAAUCUUCCACAGGAAUUGGUAGCAGACCAAAAUUUGCCUGACGAUCAACACAGAAAAGUUGGACAGCUUAAGGACCUCUUGGAUAACAUGUUUGCGCUUGAUCCCGCGAAACGUAUUUCAUUGAAUCAGGCAUUGACACAUCCAUUUAUACAAGAGAAGAUGUAGAUGCAGAGAUAUUACAAAGAUAUUCGAUUGCUUCGAUGAAACGAUAUUAACUGCAAGGAGUUCAAUGUAAUUUGCCUCUCAAGAACACAAAUGCUGAGUUUUAAGCUUUAAGUAUAAUUAUUUUGUUAUUAUGAAAUUAAAGAAAACAAACAUAAAAUUUAACUUGACGAUAGUAAGAAUUUUGUUAACGGAAAUGUGUUUGGGAAAACAUAUUGCUGGACUGUAAAUUUGUAAUGAGAACUCUUGUAUUUUAGGCUAUAUUUUCUCACUAAUACUAAACGUAAUUCAAAAUGUAAUUUACUUUAAAUUGUAAGCCCAUUCAAUUUUGUAAAAGAGUGUCGACUAGACAUUUUUUUUAUUAACAUUGACACUAACAUAAAUUAUUAAACGAUAAACUCAGUUAAUGUGUAAAUGAAGUAUCUUUUAUUAAUUUUGUUAAUUGGAAUUACUUCUAACAGAACAUAAGUUUGUUAUUUUUCUAUUUUCUCAAUCUUAAAUCAUUGUUG